ACAAUAGCCAAGUCGAAUAACUCGUACACAUAUUAACCUCAGCGUGCAACAAACGGUCUAAUAAAUAAUACAUCAAACUAUUACAUGAAAAGGAUUUUUGAACCUCCAUUAUUUAGUAAAAGGUGCUAUUCGGGGGAGUAUUAUAAGAAGUGGCAUUUCAUCAUGAAUUCGUAUAUCGUUUAUAUUAUUCUGACAUGUAUCAGCGUACGACCGAACUUUGCUUUGGCUCAAGAUUACACCUAUCUCGGAUGUUUCUAUGACAACAACAGAAGAGAAGCUUUGCCGGAUCUGAUUUACUGUGAAAGAGAUAUAUACCCUUACGAUACAUGUCAGAAUACCUGUGGACCACAAGCUCAGUACUGUCAAUCUCAAGAGAUGACAAUUGAACUAUGCAUAUAUAUUUGUGCUGAUCAGAACAUGAGAUACUUUGGAAUUCAAGCGGGUUCUCAGUGCCUUUGUGGAGGAUUUUUUGCGCCUUAUAACUUCUUGGGCCAACCAGAUGGCAAUGAUACAUGUAACAGAAAUUGUUCAGGAAAUUCAAGUCAAUUGUGUGGAGCAGAUUUUCAAGCUAGCGUCUAUCAAAUAAAUGAAUCACCAUCAGACUGUUUUAAUCCAGGAUACGUUCUAAACGGCGACCAAUCACAGCAGGAUAGUUCUUUAUACAACGCGAGUGACGUCAUCGAUUUCGCUCCUGUCUGUCCACCACCGAGUAUCAAAGAUGGCGCCGCAUCAAUCACGUGUACUCCAUCCGGGAACUGGACAAACACUCCUCCUACCUGUACGAUCAGGUGUGCCACGCCCACUGCACCUAUGUAUGCUAGUUUCAGCCCAUGGCAGACACUGAAUAACAACUACGCGGUCGAUGAUGAAGUGUUCUUUGAUUGUGAUAUGGAUCCUUCGAGGACGAAUCAAACAUUGACCUGUGGUUACUAUGGUGACUGGGAGACACUGGCCUCAGAUUGUCCAGAAACCCCGCCACCGACCACUGCAGCAACACCAAAUUCAGCGUCUACAACUGCAAUAACAAUAUCAACGCCUACAACUGCAACAACAACAACCUCAACGCCUAAAAUGCCAACAACCGGAGCAACCGCCACUUCUCAGGGAGCAUAUCAACCGACUUCGAUGUCGCCCUUCUCAUUGAAUCCGCCAUCACAAACGAGCAGAGAUGAUAUCACGUCGGAACCGACGAUCAUGAUGACAUCAUCAGAUGGGGGACGAGGUUCAUCCUUGGACACGACCCCAUGGAUUAUUGCUGUAGUUGUCCUAUCAUGCGCUCUCCUGGUCUUUGCCAUCCUUUUUAUCUUCACAUACCGACUAGUGAAGCGUAGUACAAAUCCCUCAUCAGAUAUGAGGGUAAGACAUCGCCAGUCCCCCGGAUUCAAUUCUGAAAGUCUAGAAAUGGCAAAACCAGUACCAUACGACACUGCCAUUAUCAAGACAGGAUCUGCACACCAAGUUAAUGAAAGUAGCGGCAAUGAAUACACAAGUGAUGCCGGUGAUAUGAAAGAACACGCUUACGAAGCUCUGGAGGGUCGUCCUGCCAAUUUUGUUGACAAAGAUUUUACUUGUUGAACGGAAAUAAAAUCUAAAUCUAAAAUAUACUUACGAGAUCAAUAGUCUGUAAGGUGGACUGAACACGAGAUCAAGAAUUUGUAGCGUGGACCGUCAUUCACGAAAUAUUAAAAGCUUUAUAAAUAGUGAUGAAAAUAAACAGCUUCAUAGAAAAAUAAUGAAGAUCAUCAAAGAUAGAUCAGGAGUUGAGAUGGUUGUGGGAGAGGCAAUUGAGUCAUUUGUGAUAGGAUAUAUGUUUUUCAGCCCAUUUAUGGUUGCUUCAACAAUUCAAAAUGAUUGUCCAGUUGGUUAUAUUUGUUUGGUAACGUAUAAGUUUCUUAAAAACUCUUCACGCACUUUAAUUUUGUAUGAAAUAAAAAAUGUUGUUGGUUUAUAUUUAUGGGAAAAUGAGAACUUUUGAUCGGGACAGAAGUGUAAUCAAAAUAAAUAUUGCUUCACAACUCUUUUAAAGUACAUAUACGCUCCAACGAUUUGAACAAAAAAAAAAUGUUUGCCUCACUGGCAUGAGCACGUAUGUAUUUUUUUGUUUUUUAAUGACAUGAUUAUGCACUUGCUGCCAAUUUUUUUGACAAAGAUUUUACUUACGAGAUCAAUAAUCUGUAGGGUGGAAGGAACAGUAUGGCGGCGUGCAGAUUGAUUCACGGAAUCUUAAAAUCUUUGUAAAUAAUGAUAAAGAUAAACAGCUUAAUAUAAAAAAUGAUGAAGAUCUUUAAUAAUAGAUCAGGAGUUGUGAUUGUUGCGGGAGAGGCAAUUGAGUCAUUUGUGAUAGGAUAAAUGUUUUUCAGCCCAUUUAUGGUUGCUGACAAUUAAUUAAAAUGAUUGUCAAGUUGGCUAUAUAUUCAUUGUUUGGUAACGUAUUAAUUUCUUGAAAACUCUUCACGUACUUUGAUUUUGUAUGAAUUGAAACAUUUUGUUGGUUUAUAUUUAUGGGAAAAUGAGAACUUUUGAUAGGGACAGAAGUGUAAUCAGAAUAAAAUAUUGCUUCAUGACUCUUUUCUCAGCAAUUGAUGCAAUUAUGAAAGAACCACUCUGAUUGGUGCCUGGUAAGUAUUUUUAACAAAGUGCGCAUGCGUAAAUGAUCCGCCGAUGGCCGAUGGCGGUCGCAAAAAAUAACAUUGGAAGCUGUGGCAGUGUAGCACUGCAGCCUAACAAGUUCCCUUGAAUGAUGAGAUCAAUAGGAUUGAGAAUGUUAACGUAUUUGUACAAGAUGACCUAUACCGUAAACUUUGAAAUCCCCAAACACCAAGAGAGAGAAAGAAAGAGAAAGAUGGGGGGGGGGGGGGGGAGAAACCGAAUUACCUCAUCCGUUGCAGGUAAUUUUCGUUUUCAUUUGAAAGGGCUAUCGACAUUUCGUCACUUAGUUAUGAAUAUUAUACAAUUUAGAAUGAUUUUAAAGUACAUAUACGCUCGACGAUUUGAAAAAAAAAUUAAUAAACAAUUCUUGCCUCACUGGCAUGAUCACGUAUGUAUUUUUUUUUAAUGACAUGAUUAUGCCCUUGCUACCAAUAUUAAUAUCAUUAUGUUGUGCUUUCCUGUAAAUUCGAUGUUGGCCUAAAGAUCUGUACUUCGGCCUCCUGGCCGCAAUAAUUUAUAUUCUAAGUAUGGUUGAAUAUUUUUUUUGGUAAGAUUCAAAGUUUGAAAAAGUUACUAAUCACUCAAUUUUUUUAGGGAGGUAUACCUGUUUUCAGGUCCAUUUAACAUCUGAUCUCUUUUGUAUAAUAACAAUUACAAUUUAAAGCGCUUAGAAAUAUCAAAGGGGAAGUUCACUCUAACAAACAAUUUAUUGUAAAAAUACCAGUCGAAGAUUUGAGAAAAAAUCCAUCAAAGAAUCAACAGUUAUCAGAAUUUUAAUUUUAACGUCAUAUGCAAGCAGCUUUCCUACCUAUCGUAUGGUUAAAAAAUCAAUGAAAUGUAAUUUUCUCAGAACAUUGAAAAUGGUUUUCAGUGUACAUUCAGCGUAUCAAUAGUCAAAUCAUUUCACAUCCGUUUCUAAAACAAAACAAAACAUAUUCACCUUUAGCAUAGCCUAUUGUCUGCUGCUUUGUUGGGAAGACGAAAUAUAUUUUUUUUCCAACGAACGUCCAGUAGUUUGAAAUCAAGCAUAUUUUCAUGCAAUUUUUUCGACAUUGUGUAAUUCAUAUUUUACGCGUAAAGGAUAUUCAAGUAAUGAACUUUUCC